AUGAGUUACGAAAAUUCACUGAAACGAAAUUAUUGUGAAGUGAGCAAUAAGGAAAAUGAUUAUAAUCUACCAUCAAAAAUACCAACAAUCAGAGUACCCAAAUUCGACUUCAACGAAACCACACAUUCAGCAUUUGAUAAUUUACCAAAAUAUUUACAAAAUCUGAUUAGACAGAAGAACGAAUUGAAAGGCGCAUCAAAAAACGUAACGAAAUCCAAAGAUAUUGAAUAUAAAAUCCUAGACAAAGCUGUAGUUCUAGAACUGAAGCAUUUAAAAGAAAAAUUAAAAAGGAAUAAUAAGAAAAUCAGACUGAUGCCCGUACGAGACGAGUUUCCGAAAUUUCUUAAAAGAACCAUUAGUGAAAACAUUAAGGACAGGAUGAUACACAGGGUGUUGGAAAAUGGGAUGUCUUCAACCAGAUGUAGUGCGACUACGAGUGCUGUCAAAAAGUUGUUAACAGUGUAUAGUGAAAAACAGAAAAUUAGUCUGAAAACCAUGAAAAUAGUGAAUUUAGUGAAAUCGAAUAGUAGGUGCUAA